AUGAGCAUCAAAAAAAAUUUUCAAGUAGUUAAGUACUUCCUUGAUAAAAAAAUUGUUGAUUUGAAGAGCACUUCAAUAGACAUUCUUAAAUUACUUGUAAAUGUAACAGAGAAAAAGUCCGUAUUUGAUUCAGACAAACUUUUGGAUCGUCGCAUUAAACCAGUUGAAAGUGAUUUAGACAUUUCAUGGAUUCUUGAUUUAGUUAAAUAUUUAGAGAAAGUCAAAUUCAUUUACUCUCUGAGAACAUAUGAUUUUCUCAACAUCUACAAGAAUAUGCAAACGGAAGACAAACGAGAAAUUGAAAUGACAAAAGAAUUUCUUAAAACAGGAAAUUCGAAAGUUCUUGAUUCAUAUGAGAAUGAAAUUUCAGAAGAAUUUUUUGACACAUUUGUUUCACAUCCCGAAUUUUUCAACACUAACAACUUGAUCAAAUCUAUCAACAAUCUUUCACUUCCAUUCAAAACUCUUAAUGAAAAUAGCAUUUGUGUUCUCAAUCAACUUAUUGAAGAAUACCGGAGUGACUUAGAGGUCAGUUUUCCAUAUUCUAAUUUCUUUUAUUUCUUCAAACAUUGUGAAGAAAUUUUUCCAUUUGUUAAAGAAAUUGAUGGCUUUUGGAACUACAAACCACCAAAAUACCAAUCAUUUUCCGGAUUCAUCAAAGACAUCAACAAGAUGGUUCACAAAAAGAAAAUUCCAACUGACUUACCGAAAUUACAAGCAUUUUGCAACUCAUUUGAAUCACAAGAAGAAGAACUUUACAUUGAUGAUAUCAAAUACAUUAAAAAUGAAGGUAAAGCUAAAAUGAAAACUUUGAUAUACAUGCAAGUUGUGAAUCCAACACCAAUAAUUACGAAGUUCAGUGAUACGUUUUCAUUAAAAUGGCAAAAGCCCGACUACACAGAUAAGUUCAUUUCUAAUUUGAAUGAAGAAAAGUUAACAGUUGGUUCACUCAUUUUAAGAUUACUUCAAAAUUCAAAUGCAUUUGAAUGUAAUAUGGAAAUAUUCUCCAAUUACUUCAAAGAAAGAAACGAAGAGCAGAAAUCGAAAAUCGAAAAACAAAGUAAUCUUUCUGAGUUUUAUUUUAAUCUUCAAAAAGAAAUUGAAUCCAAAGAGAAAAUCCACAAAACAAAGAUCUCAUUUAUUAAUGAUUUUAAUGAUGAACUUCCAGAAAAGAUGACGAAAGAAAGAUUUUAUUUGUUUGAAAAACUUUUAUUUGUUGACAAAAAUAAGUGGAAACUUAUUGAAAAUUCAUUUUUAGCUGUUUUCACAUUUUGUGAAGAAAACCAUUUGUUCCGAUACCAAGAACAUAUUAUUGCAUAUACAUUGAAAUGUAUUGAAGAAAACAACAAUAUUUUCUUUACAAAUCCAUUAAAAGAACUCUACAAAUUCAUUUUGAAUUCUAUAAUCAAUGAGAAAGAAAAUGAAUUUUCAGACAUCUUCAGAAUUCAUAAAGAAAAUGAAGAUAAGAUCUCAAAUAUCAAAUCAAACAUGAAAUCCGAAGUACUUAAUGUAGUGAAAACAGAUUUUGCAUCAUCAAGAAAUUCAGAAAUCAAAGAGAAAUUGGAAAUUUAUUCUAGUUAUUUCCACAAAAUUGUGAAAAAUACUCCUCUUUUGAUGGUCAAACCUAAAUUUGAAAGUAUUGAUUAUUCAUUUGACAAAGUUAAGUUUUACAACAUUCUUUUGUCAUAUAAUCAGCUGAAUCUUGAUCUUUCUGAAUUCAAAGAAUUUGAUGAAUACGAUUUUGUUUUCCAAUCGAAAGGGCCAAUGAUUGUUAAAAACACCAAAACAAACAAAUCUCAUCGAUAUUCACAAACACAAAGUCCUCAUCUUUAUGUCAUUGUCAACAACACCGUUGACAAGUCACUCUACAAGUUUGAGAACUCAACACCAACAUGGACCAAAGUCAAAGUUCCGAAAUUCAACAAAUUUUAUGGCGAUAUCAGUUUCGAACUUUUUUAUAAUUCUUUUAAAGAUUUAGAAAAUUCUUUUGCAAAUGGAAAAGAUUUAUCAUUCGAAGUAUUUGGAGAAAACUUCAACAAGUUAUUAGAGUUUUUAGACAAUUCAUCUGAAAUAAAUGAUGAAUUAUUUGUUAUUAGAUUCCGAAAUCUUAUCAAAUCUAUUAACAUCGAUUCAAAUCAUUAUCCAGAAACAUUUCAAGUUUUUGAUAAAUACAUUAAUUUAUCUAAUGAAAUCAAAGAAAUCAACACAAAUGAUUCAUUGACAAAUCUCAUUAAUGAUAAAAUAUCAAAAGUAAAUGAAGUUGUUCUUCCAAGUACAAAUGAUCAGAAUGAAGAAAAUUUCCACUUCAGACUACAAACAAAAUUUACACCAAAAAUUAUUGUAACAGAUUCAGGAAUCAAACCAAAUUUCACUCAAAUUUAUUUUUCCAAUUUCAAUGUUAACUUCGACAUUUUAGAAAUCUCCAUCUUUCUUGAAGGAUCAUUCCAGUUUUUAGAUGUCUCUAUUGAAUCUGACUCAAACAUUAUUAAAUCCGAAGUUAUUGAUGACAAAAUCAUUUUAACAUUUGAUUUAUCAUCCAAACCAAACAAAAUCGAAGGAAAUUUAAAAAUCUCAGAUAUCAAAAUUCCUAUUUUGUUAUGUUUUAAUUAUGACAGUUCUAAUAUUAAUGGUCCUCAUUUCGUUUUCAGUAAUAUGGAUGUGAUUCCUUGGGUAUUUAGAACGACAGUCGAAUCAAUCAACACUGAUGUAAUGACCAAGAUUGUUGAGUUGAUUGACAUAUAUAAAUUAAUUAGUGACAAAUUGGAUUCUUUAUUUUUCAGAUACCUGAAAUUUAAACAACAAUCACUUCUAGAUAAUUUGAAGAGAACAUUUUCUAGUAUGUAUUCAUUACAUAAUUUCUUUGGAACUCAUUCAUUCGAUAAGUUUUGUCCAUAUUAUUCUUCAGCACAAGAGUUCGAAACAUCAUUUUGUCAAUCACUUCGAAACCUCGGUAUCGACGAUACUUCAUCAGAAGAAAACUUUGAUUUCUACAAUGUUUUUUGUUACAAAUCUUCUCAUGACAAUUAUUCCAUUAUAUAUGAUCCAAAUGUUAAACGCAAAGAAACGCAUUUAAUUGAAGAAGAAAUUGUUUCAACCCCAUUGAAUCAAAACAAAGAUGAAAUUGCAGAAAUUAUUGAUGGAAAAGUUUCUAUUCCACAAGAAUCUGGAAAAACAAAAUCAUAUCCUGUUCAAGAAAUAUUUUCAUCUAACCAUAAUGAAACCAUUGAAGAAAGCAUAAAUUCAAUUUCUUCAAAUUCAGAUAAAUCUAAUCACGGGGAUUAUUCCAAACAAGAAAACAAUUCUGAGAUUUUAGAGAAAGAUGAUAUUCAGAAUUCUGAUUCACAAAAUAAUAUCCAAGUCGGAAGUAUUUCAAAUCAGAUGAUGCCACAAGAAUUUAACAAUAUGCAAAACUAUUUCAAUCCGCAAGUGCAGAUGUUUCAGAUGCAAAUGCAACAACAAACUCAAUCUCAGAUUCCUCCACAGUUCCAGAGAAUGAUUCCACCUCAGAUCCAAAACAACCCACAAGCUAUUAUUCAGUAUCAACAGAUUCAACAGCAAUAUCAAUCACUUCAGAUUCAGCUUUCAUUCGUUCAACAAUCAGCAUUAUUUAUCUCCUCCAAACACUUUAUAUUCAAAUCCUAA